AUGCCGCGCAGAUCCCUUGAAUCCCAAAGGCCUAUCAUGGCUCCAAGUGUCACUUCCAAACGCACCUCGAAACGCUACUCUACGUACUCCGCGUCCCCGAGCUUCGCCACCACGACGUCAAACUACUCAACCACCCUGGCGUCUGCAAACGUCGUCAGCCCGGAGGCCGGCAUGGCAGAGAUCCGCCAACUCACCCAGAGCCUGGACAGGCUCGAGAAUAAACGUCUUCAGCAGCAGCGAUUCAUCCCCAGUCAGAAAAAGACGGACGACCUGAGUAAAUUGAGCCUAGGCGCCAAAGUCGAAAGAGCACUGGGACGAAGGAUGUCGGAUCAAGAUGCUGUUUUCAGGGUCAAGAGGCCUGUCGCCAAAUCAGGAAACUCGUUCUCGAUCAUUGACGAAAAGGCCGCUCUCAAGGUCUAG